AUGCCGUUGGACUUGAUACAAGAGAAUGGAAACAGUAAGCUCUACAACUUUACUGAACUUCGUUUGGAGAUUAUUGAAAACAAGGAUCUUAAAUUCAAAUUGUUGAACGAUGUUGCAUUCAUGCAUCAGUUGGUGACAUCUUUCAGUACCAACAUUGCGAAACUAGCUGGUCUGGCAAAUGUUACUGUACACCCACAAAAUUCUUUGGAAGAGCAAGUAGUUAUACUUCGUAUUUUAAGUUCGUUUGCUUCGGAAAUAGAUGCCUUAAACAAUGAAGGUGUGUCGGAAUCCAUAGGAAUCAUGCAAUUGGCACUAGGUCCAAUCACUCAACUUCUAAAUCAUUUUGUGGAAACCAUGCUUCCGCUGCUAAGUACCGGGGACAAGUCCAUUUUUCAAGUAGAAGCAUUGAUGGGCCACUGCUUGGACAUUUUAAUUAUAUUAUCCAAUCUCCGGCACAAUCAAGUGGAUCUAAACAGGGCUUGGCGGUUUCUUGCACUACUAUUGAUUGCUACUGAUGACACGCAUGGUAAGAUCAUCAACUUACAUCCAAGUAUAAUAACAAAACUGUUGAGGUUGAUACCGAUGGUGCUUACUGGGACGAUGCUCGUGGACAAUAAUUCAAUCAUGACUUUGUCGGUGGCUUUGCUAAGCCGGUUAUCUUCAGGUUGCCACAUGAUUGUGUCCACAUAUUUAUCUGAUUUAUAUCGUUCUCAAGAUGAUUUGUAUUGGAUCGCAUUUGAAGAUGAUCAUCUCCCCAACGUUGACUUGAAUGUUUCCCUGGUUGACAACGUAACGAGUGUUGAAAUCCUAUUGGAGUUGAUUACUGCAUGUGCUCAAGUAAUGAGCUUUUCAAAACAUCAUCAUGAUCCGUUUCUAUUGGCGGUGAGGCGAGAAACCCCACUCGACAUAUUCUUGAGUACACCUUUAUCAAAACCAGUUAUACCAAUAACUGAUGUGUAUAUUACGUUACUUUUGCUCAUGAAAAUAGAUUCGAAAAAAGUCAAUCUAAUUGCACUCAACUUGUUGGUUUUAUUAUUGGAAAACAUGAGUGUUCUGGAAGUGCUUCUGGAGGACACUAUCAUACGUAACUAUGACAAGUUGUUUGCCAGUAUAGUGCAUUUAUUGGAUAGUUGUGAUAAUUCUGAUGGAGAUGAAGAACCCAGUGGGAGCAAGAGCUCUAAAAAAACGUCGUCCCUACAAUUCAAUCCAUCAUUCGACGAGGCAUCUUUGUCCAUCGCCACCCCAUUGCUAUUGACAUCAGCAUCCAAAGUGUUGGCUAACUUGUGCACACAGUACCCAAACUUGAACAACAGGAUAUGCGACACAAACAUCGACUACAAGUUGAUUUACAAGAUGGCAUACUGCUAUAAGCAAUCUCCAUUACUCAAAAUUUUGGAAGCGUUGAAACUCAGAUCCAAGUUUGGAACAAUUUUGGUUGAUUUUACCUCGGUAACUGUCGCAGAUUCUUAUUUAACUGAAUUGUCACAUCUCCUUUUGCUUAUUAGUGUCUACACAAGUGAACGAGAGGAGUAUCGAAAUAGAUUGGUAUCAUUUUACCAAACUACAGGAACAAGCAUCCCGAGGGUGAUUUUCGAAAUUGUUGAAAACUACCAUUUCCUUUUGAAACAGAUCAGUUUGUUGCAAAAGGUAUUGAGUCACAUUGUCAAAACCAAGAAUGUCGAAAAUGAGGAAGUCAAGCACCAUAUUUCCUGGCUAGGCAAGAACUUGGGAGUGAUUAGCGAAUUAGCAAACUCGCCCCUUUAUACUCAUUGCUUGUACUUUAUUCGAUCGCAGUCACGUUCAGUGGCUAGUUUAAGAACGUUUUUUGUGGAAACCAAUUCAUUCAAAAGCUUUGUGACACGAGAUAAUAAAGACACCACACUGACUGGAGUUAUUGGUACUGUUUCUUCCACAUCCAGUCAUCUGACUAUUCGACCACGCAUAGAACCCGAUUCCUCAUCCAUCAUAGCCUCGGAACCAUCUCUGGCUCUGUCAGCUGGUGGUUUUGUGACCAAUAUAUUGCACAUUAUAAGACUUUAUGAAACUCUUGAUCUUUCGUUAGAUUUUCUUUUCAAAGUGAACAAGAACAAAUUUGUGCAAGAAGCUGCAUUCAGAAAGACCUUCAUGACUAAUAAAGCAACUUGUGUCAGUUUAUUAGCCAACUUCAUCCUUGAUUUCAGCUCGUUUAGAUACAAAAUCAUUGGAUAUGAGAAUUUCUCGUCAAGCUUGUCCAUCAUCUAUCAGAAUUCAGCAACUGAUUCAGAUGAUGUUUCCAAUUUAACUGAGGAGGACAUUUUUGAAAGAAGCGUGAUGCAGUUGAAGAUAUUACAAGUUAUGAAAAACUUUAUGUAUAAUGAAGCUUCAGAGAAUAAGCAAGAAGUGUUGAAUUUUUUCCCAUUGAGCCUCAUUCUUCAAAAGGCAAACUACGGAAUUACCGGUUUAGACAGCAUGGUGUCUCUACCAAAGGAAACAAAGGAAAUUAAACUUCACCAAAAAGUCGUCGCGUUUGAAAUUUUGAGAAACUUUACCGCGGGCUCACCAUCCUUUUCCAAAAUCUUAAGAGAGUCCUAUAUCAAUGAGUACUUGAGCAAUGAAAAGCCAGAAUUGCAAGCUCUACUUCCACAAAAUUGGUCCGAAUUUGUGGUUCGAAAUUUAACUGAAGCCUCGAUUUUCACACAAGUUAGGCGCGAGAGUUUUAAUUUUAAUGAUGAUGAUACGUUGGUAAAGUUGGUUGGAAAUGAGGAUUAUGUCAAGAUGGUAAGAUCAAUCAAUUUCACAGAGGAUCACACUUAUACAGUGAUUGACAAAUUGAAUCAAGAAUUAUUCCCCAAUGACACUUUGUUACACAUUUGGAUGAGGUUGCUUUCAUUUCAGUUACCAAAUCUGAUUUCGACCAACUCCGAGCACAGCAUGCUUGACUUGAAUAAGAACUUGAACUUGAUCAAGAUAUCGAUUGCAUGGAUUCUUGUCAAUUUGACUUGGAAGUCAUCGGUAUUUGGCUACGAUAUUCAAAAUUAUAUUGAUUACGAGGUUUAUCAAACAGUUGACACACUGACAAUAAAGAGAAGACUAUCACAACAGGAGAAAAAUGAGCAGCCUGCACAACAAAAUACGCAACUGGAGUUGCAGGGUGAUGAAUUAUCGGUGUAUGAUCGUGCCAAAUAUUUGGAUAAUUUUGGAUUUACAAAAGUGAUUUACGAUGUGCUCACCAAUUUUUCGAAAAAAGCAUCAAAAGGUUUGCAAGUAAACAAUAUUGGUCAUGAAUCCAGUGAUUUUAUAGAACCUGAAGUGUUUGAAAAACUCAGGAGUGCAUUACACCAAAUCAACUAUCUAUGCCGAGGCGUGCGCUCAGGAAGCUAUGUACCAGAUUUGAGAACUAAUCAUGCUGCUAGUGGUGGUCAUGAAUUGAGACUACACCGAAACCAAGACAACUCAGUCGAUGUGGUUGAUGAUACUGGAGAUUUUCUUGAAGAUGAGAUUAGGUAUGAAAGAUCAAGAAGAAGAGAUGCAAUUGAUUCUGAAGAUGACAAUGAAGGAAACAAUGAAGAUGAGGAAAUGCAAGAAGAAAAUUCUUCUGAAAGUGAGCCUGAAGUUGAACAAGCUGCAGGGAAUGAAAGUGAAGAAUCAAACGAAGAUAUGCCUCACGAAUACUGGGUAAUGUAA